UCACUCCUCAGACCCUAAUCUCCGACACAGGUCUCAGGUCUGUCCUCACUUCUCCGCUCUUUCAUUUCAUCUCUCUCGGUUUGAAGUAGAAUUUCCAGAAAACCAGCGUACUCUGGUAAUGUAGUUGAUAGUUGAUAGUUGAUAAAUCUAAAGCGUCGACUCACAUGGACCCAGUUCUACUUUUUGCCCUUUUCUCUGUCCAAUAGAAAGAAAACCCCUGCGACUAAGUUAUACCAACUGUUACUAUGUACUCACUCCCAGCAAAGUUGCUUCCUCUCUCACUCAGUAUAAAAACAACACGAGUACGAGGAGCCUCACUUGAUUUUUUCGGCCUUUCCCACCUGAAGAAUCGUCAGAUUUUCCUGCAAAAGUGGCUAAAUUCUGAAUAAUGCCGGUGAAGUUACUUGAUUGAUCAAUACACCCAAAAAAAGGGGGGGAUCUUCUUGUUACUGCGCGCUAAUGAUUUUAGAAUCAGUUCUUCUCCCAAAAACUGUUCCUGCCCACUGGCAUGCAAGCAUAAUGAAAGGAAGGAUUGCAUGAUGUGCUGUCCUGUGCAGUGUCAUAUUUGCUUCUUUAUGGCUGUCAAGGAUGUGCUGUCAUAAAAUGCUCCCGGAUGCUUAAGCUCAUAGAUUGUUAUCCUUGUGCCUUCAUAUUUUACAUUUAGUGCUGCAUAUCAUUGCUACUGAUAUUUCUUUGGGACCUAAGUGACAAAAAUGAGUGGACAUAUUGUCUUGGAUCAUGUUCUGAAGGAUAUAAUUAAGGUGAUCACGCCCUUACAUGAAGAUUGGGUGGUGCGGCUUGAGAUUGUUGAGGAUUUACGAAGAGUUGUUGAAUCUGUGGAGAACUUUAGAGGAGCAACUGUUGAGCCAUUUGGAUCAUUUGUGUCAAAUCUCUUCACACGAUGGAGUGAUUUGGAUAUUUCAAUUGAGCUACCAAAUGGUUCGCAUAUUUCUUCUGCUGGGAAAAAACGCAAACAAAUGUUAUUGGGGGAUCUUCUAAGAGCUUUAAGGAUAAAAGGUGGCUGUAGCAGCUUGCAGUUCAUCUCCCAUGCACGGGUUCCCAUUUUAAAAUUUAGAAGUAACCGUCAGGGCAUAUCUUGUGAUAUUUCAAUUGAUAACCUGCUGGGUCAAAUGAAGUCCAAGGUUUUACUGUGGAUCAGCAUGAUGGAUAGUCGCUUUCAUGAUAUGGUUUUACUGGUCAAGGAAUGGGCCAAAGUGCAUAAAAUCAAUAACUCAAAAACUGGAACUUUCAAUUCCUAUUCCCUCAGUUUACUUGUGAUAUUUCAUUUUCAGACAUGUAUUCCUGCAAUUUUACCCCCACUUAAAGAUAUAUACCCUGGCAAUAUUGCUGAUGAUCUUAGAGGUGUUAGGGCUGAUGCUGAGAAACUUAUUGAAGAAACAUGUCAGAAUAACAUAAAGUUUUUAUCAAACAGGCCCAGACCAAUUAAUAGGAAACCUUUGUCUGAACUUUUCAUCGAAUUCCUAGAAAAGUUUAGUGAUAUCAAUUCCAAGGCAGAAUUGGAGGGAAUCUGCACUUAUAAUGGACAGUGGGAGCUGAUAAAUAACAACACGAGAUGGCAGCCCAAGACUUUUGCCAUAUUUAUUGAGGAUCCUCUGGAGCAGCCGGUAAAUUCUGCAAGGUCUGUCAGCAAAGGACAACUUACGAAGAUAGCCGAGGCUUUCAAGUCGACACACCGCAGCCUUACUUCAGUGAAUGCAAGUCGAGGUUCCCUGAUAAGGGAAUUAGUACCACCACAUGUAGCUCAGUUUAUGAGAGUUUCUAACAACCAAGGUUACAGCGGUGGGUACUAUCAUCAGGCAAUCUCGCCACAAACACCACCCCGCCAUCAUGGCACAAUCUGGCCGCAAGGGCCGAUGCCAUCAAGAGCCAUGGUGCAUAGGCCCCAACACAGCAACCGCCAUUUUGUGCACGUGAAUCAGGAAGCAUCCUCCAAUAAUACUUCAAGAGGACAUGUUCAGGCACCUCAACGCCAGCAGAUAUGGAGGCAGAAGACCCGAUAAAGUGGUGAAUUGCUUGCAAGGGAGAGUCAGGAAUCCGUAUUGCUGGUAACCCUUUGGGUUUUUCUUUUGAAUGAGAUCUUUUGUCGCUUAAUCUAUGAGCUGGCUUAUUUCUAAUUUGUUGUUUCUAUUUAUCUUUUCAUGUCGUUCCUUGGACAUAACACACUAAAGCGUAUUUUCAUGAAUCUUGGAUUUACAACUUGAAAGAA